CGAGGAAGAGACGCUAGCAAUUGAUCCUGUGUUUUUAGGAUGCUGCUUUUCUCUACUUUUCUCUCAGUGCUGCUCUCAUCUCCUGCGGAUUUGGACGUUGGAGAGGAGACCAGUGUAGUGUUUGCUGUCAAGCCUAGAUGCCUGGCGUGUGGAUUUGACUCACAGUCUGAAGAUACUGCUUCUUUUAUUUUUCUGGCCUGAAAAGAAAUUGAGAGAAAGAGGGAGAAAUGACAGUUUCUCAGUGCUCAGUGACCUAUGAAGAUGUAACAGUGAUAUUCACUCAAGAGGAGUGGGCACUACUAAAUUCUUCAGAGAAGAAACUCUACAGAAAUGUGAUGUGGGAAAACUUUAGAAACUUUCUGUCAAUAGGAACGUUACAAGGUGACCAUUCCAUUAAAGAGACGUAUAACCAUCAAGGAAGUAAAAGAUAUGAAACAACACACAGUGGAGAGAAACCCUAUGAAUGUAAACAGUGUGGUAAGAGAUUCAGUUGUUCCAGUGCUUUACAUAAACAUAAAAGAACGCACAGUGGAGAGAAGCCCUAUGAAUGCAAACAGUGUAGUAACACAUUCAGUGAAAACAGUGCUCUUCGGAGACAUGAAAGGACUCACAGUGGAGAGAAACCCUAUGAAUGUAAACAAUGUAGGAAAACAUUCUGCCAAUCUGGUGCUCUUCGGUCACAUGAACGAACUCACAGUGGAGAGAAACCCUAUGAAUGUAAACACUGUAGGAAAACAUUCAGUCAAUCUGGUGCUCUUCGGACACAUGAACGAACGCACAGUGGAGAGAAGCCCUAUGAAUGUAAACAGUGUGGUAAAAGAUUCAGUCAAAGCAGUGCUCUUCGAAGACAUGAAAGAACUCACAGUGGAGAGAAACCCUAUGAAUGUAAACAAUGUAGUAAAACAUUCAGUCGAUCUAGUCAUCUUCAGACACAUGAAAGAAAUCACAGUGGAGAGAAAUUCUAGGAAUGGAAACAAUGUAGUAAACCCUUUGGUGAUUCCUCUACUCAUCAGGUACUUAAAAGAACUCAAAGUGGAGAGAAAGCCUAUGAAUAUAGAUGAUGCAAUGGAACAUUCAGUCAAUUCAGUCAUCUUUAAUCACAAGAAAUAACACACAAUGGAGAGAAACCCUAGGAAUAUAGACAAUACAGAAAACCUUUCAGUUAUUCCACUAUUGAUAGAGCAUAUGAAAAUAGGCACAGUAUGAAUUAAACAGUGAAUUUGGUAAUCUUCAUUCACAUGAAUAUGCUCACAGUGCAGAGAAAACAUUAAGUAAAAUUUUAAAUAUAAUUAGAGAUCAUAUUUUCUUAAUGAACAAGUGAACCCAUACCUAUGUGCUUGUAAAGAAUAUGAAUAAAUAUUGCAAUUCUUCAUCUUUAAUUUUAUUUUUACAUCUUUCUAAUAUGUAUUUAUUCAUGUAGAAUGAUAGGGAGAGUGACAGAGAAUCAGACUUCACUUUGGUACAUGUAUAUGCUGCUGGGGAUUGAACUUGGGACCUCCUGUUUGAGAGUGUAAAGCUAUAUUCUUGCACCACCUCCUGGACUAUCUUCAUCUUCAAUUCUAAUACACAGAAAAUCCUACAUGGUACUGAAAGUCUAUUAAUGUGAAAAUGAUUAAAUAUUUAAAUAGAGUGACAUUUUUCACA